AUGGUGUUGCCGGGCUCAGCUGCGUCUCCGGACUUGCCCGUCCCUGCGGGUUCCGCGCCCCCUGCUGUGGCCCCUGUGUGCGUUGUUAAGCGCUUCAGGAAGAAUCCCUCUGGGCAGUCUGCUUCGGUUAAGGGGGGAGGUUGUGCCAACGCCCAGGGAGAUGCGCCGGUUGAGGGUGAGGCUUCAGAAGCUGUGGGCUUUGAGCCUGGUGAGCCUAGCUACCAAGCUGACGGUUUCCCGACAGGGCGUGCCAGCGCCCAGGGAGAUGCUCUGGUUAAGGGUGAAUCCACCAUCCAAGCUCCAAAAGCUGUGGGCUCUGAGCCUGGUGAGCCUAGCUACCAGGCUGAUGGUGUUCCGAAGGAGAUGGGCAAUGCUCAGUCAUCACAGCGAUCGGAUCCCAUGUCCAAGCAGGCCCCGCCUGUAUAUCGCAGGCUCGUGCAACGCUACGUGGGAGUGAAGCCGAAGAUUUGGCUUCCGGAAUCCUUCACGAGACAGAGCGUCGUGCGCCUGGGCAAGUCGGGGUUCACGUGGGUAAGGGUGAUGCCUUUGAUCCCCCAGACAGACCUCUUGGACUGCCAGUCAGGUGUGGGAGAUGCGGCGCCCGAUCGUGAGGGUGCCUUCAAGACUUCGUCGAGGGAGGUGACAACGACGGCUAGGACCAAGUCCUCUCAUAGGAUUGAGUCCGAGCAAGCUGUCAGACUUGCGCCACCUGAACGCGUCUCCAGGCCCGGAGUCCACCCGCAGAGUGAUGUGAGCCCUGCGUCAAGUGUUUCGGAUGCAGAAACUGUGGGUGCGCAAUAUCCCGAGGUGCAGUUGGGUUUCAAUGUGAACCAGGUUGCCAGUGGUGGACCAGGCCACGGUCCAAGCGGACCUUGUGCCACGGGGAGGGAGGCCGGAACCUACAACAAGGCCUCAAGCGCUAGUGAGGCCACCACAGAGCCCACUGGCAAUCCCCUUGGCAGCUCUGCCAAGUACGCGCAGCGGGUUAUGGGCCCUCAGCUCGAGGGGUGUCCGGAUCUCUUAAGCUCGAUGAGUCAAGUCCAUCAGCCAAGGCUCCUGCUGCGUCAGAAAGUUCGGGGCAAUGUGCGUCCGCCGGUGCGGUGA